AAUCCUCCCGAUCCCGAACUCGCUGCUGCUAAGAAGGAGGACGGAGGACAGACACACGUCCACAGCGACAGACAGGAGGACAGACGGGACGACAGACAGAACCGGACAGGAUGGGUUGGCGGAGCGGCCGUCGGUAGCGCUCUGUUUUCGGGACGGAGCUCCAGGAUGAGUGUAGCGCUGCAGGACCUCCGGAACACCAUGUCCAGCUAUAAGCGAGCUACGUUGGAAGAGGAGGAAGCAUCAGACGGUCCCGCUGAGGCGGCCUCGUCUCCCGACACAGUGGAGGUGGGUUUCAGGAAAGGAGGCGUGGACAUUCUGGGCCGGAGGACCCAGCUGGAGGUUCUGCUGUCGGUGCUGCUGCUGGCUGCUCUGCUGGCGCUGUUGGCCUGUCUGCUGGUUCUGGGACUCGGGCUGAGCUCAGACAGUGGCCGUGGCUUGUGUCUGUCAGAGGCGUGUGUGACGGUGGCCAGUCAGAUGGUGGAGGCCAUGGACCGCAGCGCUGACCCCUGCCAGGACUUCUACCAGUUCGCCUGCGGAGGCUGGAUCAGGAAGAACCCGCUGCCUGAUGGGCGCUCACGAUGGUCCACCUUCAACAGCAUCUGGGAGCAGAACCAGGCGCUGCUCAAACACCUGCUGGAGAACGGGACAUUUAACGGCAGCAGCGAAGCCGAGAGGAAGACGCAGUCCUACUACCUGUCCUGUCUCAACACACAGAAGAUCGAAGAGCUGGGAGCUCAGCCUCUCGUGGAUCUCAUCGCCAAGAUCGGCGGGUGGAACAUGACAGGUCCCUGGGACAAAGACAACUUCAUGGAGGUUCUGAAGGUGGUGUCUGGUCCGUACAGAGCUCAGCCGUUCUUCAGUGUUGGAGUCAGUGCUGAUCCCAAGAACUCUAACAGCAACGUCAUUCAGGUGGACCAAUCAGGGCUCUUCCUGCCAUCCAGAGACUAUUACCUCAACAAAACGGCCAAUGAGAAGGUGCUGAUGGCGUACCUGGAUUACAUGGUGGAGCUCGGGAUGCUGCUCGGGGGGGAGAAGAGCUCCACACAGCUCCAGAUGCAGCAGAUUCUGGAGUUUGAGACGGCGCUGGCCAACAUCACCGUCCCACAGGACCAACGGCGAGACGAGGAGAAAAUCUACCACAAGAUCACCAUCGCUGAACUACAGCUGUUGGCUCCGGCGGUGGACUGGCUGGACUACCUGUCGUCCUCUCUGUCCCCUUUGGACCUGAACGACACUGAGCCCGUGGUCCUGUACGCCAGAGAGUACCUACAGCAGGUGUCUGACCUCAUCAACAAGACUGAUCGCAGUCUAUUGAACAACUACAUGAUGUGGACUCUGGUUCAGAAGAGUGUGGCCAGUUUGGAUCAGCGCUUCGAGAACGCCCAGGACAAACUGCUGGAGAGUCUCUAUGGAACCAAGAAGUCCUGCACGCCGCGCUGGCAGACCUGUAUUGGAAACACUGACGACACUCUGGGCUUUGCUCUGGGAGCGCUCUUCGUUAAGGCGACCUUUGAUAAACACAGCAAGGAGAUUGCUGAAGAAAUGAUCAACGAGAUUCGCUCUGCGUUUAAGGAAGCUCUGGACCGACUCAGCUGGAUGGACGACCAGACGAGACGAGCUGCCAAAGACAAGGCUGACGCCAUCUAUGAUAUGAUCGGGUUCCCAGAAUUCAUUCUGGAUCCUAAAGAGCUGGACGAUGUUUAUGACGGGUACGAAGUGUCAGACGACAGCUUCUUCCAAAACAUGUUGAACUUCUACAACUUCUCAGCCCGAGUGAUGGCCGACCAGCUGAGGAAGAGUCCCAACAAAGACCAGUGGAGUAUGACUCCUCCUACCGUUAAUGCCUACUACAUGCCCACUAAGAACGGCAUUGUCUUCCCUGCUGGGAUCCUUCAAGCUCCCUUCUACGCCCGCGACCACCCCAAGGCGUUGAACUUCGGUGGCAUCGGGGUGGUGAUGGGUCAUGAGCUGACCCAUGCCUUUGAUGAUCAGGGCCGUGAGUACGAUAAAGAAGGCAACUUGAGGCCAUGGUGGCAGAACUCGUCUGUGGAGGCGUUCCGGAAGAGGACGGAGUGUAUGGUGGAUCAGUACAGCAGCUACACAGUCAACGGGGAACAUAUCAACGGGAAGCAAACACUCGGCGAAAACAUCGCUGACAACGGAGGACUGAAGGCUGCGUAUCAUGCCUAUCGGUCAUGGGUCCAGAAGAACGGAAACGAGAAAACCCUUCCUGCCGUCAACCUGACCAAUGACCAGCUGUUCUUUGUGGGAUUUGCUCAGGUGUGGUGUUCAGUUCGGACUCCAGAGAGUGCACAUGAGGGUCUGGUGACAGACCCCCACAGCCCCCCCAGAUACAGGGUCAUUGGAACGCUCGCCAACUCUCCGGACUUCAGCCGCCACUUCAGCUGUCCUGUAGGAAGCACUAUGAACAGUGGGAAGCGCUGUGAGGUCUGGUAGACGGACUGGACAGGCCUGGGGGGGGGGGGGUGAAUGAGGUGAAUGAGUCCAUUGGACCGUGAGUGUGUCCAUUAUUCAGCGUCAGGUUGUUGAUGGGUUAGGACUCCGUUCCUCAGUUUCUGCAAACUGGAAGCACCUACUGGACCCAUUCAUGAAGACGCACAAAGGACUAGUAAUGACGAUGAUGAUGAUGAUGAUGAUGAUGAUGAUGAUGAUGAUGAUGAUGUAGGACACAGUGUUGCUGAUUUCUGCUCUAUCACCGUAGUUCAUGUUGGGGAUUCACACCAAGACAUUUGUGUGUUGGAAGCUGUUAAUCCAACAUUUACUGACUGUUUCCUUCAGUCCCAUCAGCGUCCGCCUGCUCCGAACACCAUUAGUUCCUUUGAUCACAUGGAGCUGAAACCAGUGUUGUGACGUCACUAUACGCGAUGCUGUGUGUGCGCGCGUGCGUGUGCGCGUUCGUUCCGCCUCGUGCAGCUUCUGUUCAGCAGAGUGAAAACCCUGCUUCCUGCCAAAGACGCUUCUGUUCCGUGUAUGACGUCACACCGAGCACGCGUCACCGCGCCGUUGCGUUCAUUUCCUGUGACUCUGCAAGUGCCCUUUACUCCGCUGUGGUUCCGAGGCCCGUUUCCCGCCGACGCAGCGCUGAGUGACCUGAUGUGAUGCUGCUCUGAAGCACAUUGCAACAAGUUGAAUGAAGUGUAAUUCAGCUUUUACCUUUAAAGCACAUUUACUCGUGUGGUGUCUGCAUCUGUCACUUCUGCACUUGAACUCGUUACUGAUGCUCAGUCCUGGACCGUGUCCAUCACAGGACGGCGGGCGGACUGGGUGAUGGUGGUGGUGGUGGUCCUGGAUGUCUUGGUGUGUUUAUUAGAGUUUCACAUCAUUUAUCUCCGCUUAAUUUGUUGCCUGCUUAAUAAAUGUGUUUUUACCUAGAGACAAACGCUGCUGCGGGAACGACGUGUGCCAAUAAAAUCAAAUGAUGUGUUGAA